AUGGUGGAUGAUAAAGGUAUUGUUUACUGUAAUCGUGUUCUUUUAGGUAAUUGGUAUGAGGCAUCUCAAUUGGAAGAGUACAAAUUGAACAAGUUUCUUGAGCAAAUGAAAAAGGGUGAUUUAAUGUUGGCGAGAUAUCGGAAAAUGAGUGAAAAUCUUAAUAAGCCGACCGUAUUGACUCAAUCUUCGAGCAGUAUUGACUUCGGAGCUAAAAUAACCCUUCUAGCACCCCACGUGCCAGCAACUGAUCCACCUCAAGAAGAUAAAAAAGGUCUUCUCCUCGGAGGAAGGUUAUCAUCCAAUGAAAUUAGCUAUUCCCAAGAACUCGAGGAUGGUUGUUCUGUUGUGGGCCUAUCAGAUUUAGAGCCUACCGAAAAAAGCACAUUUAUAAUAAAAAGUGCUGAUUAUUGUAAUAGAGAAGGGGAGUCAUUAAAGUAUAAUCAAGAAUUUCUUCUCGCUCUCUCGUCUUCUGUGACUAGAAAAAAUCCUUUAUAUCUUCGAUACGAUCCAAAUCCUAUUCCUGGUCUUUGUGGUGCGUUGCCUUUAUACCUGAGCAAGCAUCCUGUUAGUAACACUAGAUGGCGUAUGCUUCCUACGCAGGGACCGAACAUUACUAGAUUCGAACAAGAGGGAAAGCCUGUUAUGGUUAACACAGACCUUAUUAUUAAUCAUUGUGCUACGAAUGUCAAUCUGGGUAUUAACGUCGGUUGUUGGAUGAUGGGAUUUUACGAAAAAGUAUGUGGACCAUUGAUGAAAACGUGUUUGGAUGUUUAUGGGAAGGAAUUACCGAACAAUGUAUGGCAAAUAUAUAUCCCCAUUGCAAGCUAA